CUCUCUCUCUCUCUCUCACACACAUUUUCCAUUCCCUCCCUCCCUCUCGUCCUUCGUGUUCACCACCAAAGUCCAGAAAAACAAAACUCCAAGACAUCAUCACCACACAAACUCCCUCAAUGGUAGUGCUGUAUCCCAUUUACUUUGACCGUACUCGUCCCAAGGGCUUAAGACGGGUGCCCAAAGAGCUCGCCAUUGAGAACCCGCUGGCGAAAAACAUUGGCGAUGUCGUUUACAAAUUGGGUUACAAAUGUGUGCUAAAUCCUUCUAAAACACAUCCUGCUGACUGGGCUAAUCCCGGAAGAGUUGACGUCGUUUUGCCCGACAACAUGAAUCGUCGCUCCCUCUACAAACAAGUUGCCCAACAACUCGUGCUGAAUCCUACGAAAAGAGAAGAUCCCUUGAGACUUCCUGUCUCGGGUCUUCCUGCAAAAUUGCCAGAACAGCCGCCUGCAUACCCAAAGGGCAUGAAGGGAAACACAAUUCUCCCCCUUCACUCGCCGGCUGUUUCGGGAGGCGGCGUCUCAGACAACAUGCUGCAAGAUAUGAUGCAAGCCUUCCAAAAUCCCGGCAACGGCGGAAACCCUCUUUUGAGCUUGGGAGCUCCUUCUCCAGCUUCGAAUGCCUCUUCUUCUUCUCCCCCCGCCAGCUCGAGAGAAAAAUCAAAGGGGAAGGGAAAAAAACCUAUUCAGCCAGAGGACAUGGUUAUGGAUUUGGACUUGGAGUAG